AUGGGCCGCAAACCGAACCCCCUCAUCCUCGAGUACUUCGAGCGCGGGCCCAAGCUCAACGACAACAGCAACCGGUAUCCCCAUACCUGCAAGCAAUGCGGCGAAAACUUCCCCAAGGGCCGCAUUGACAGCCUCACCGCACACAUCACCAAGAAAUGUCCUGCAAUCUCCGACUCGGAGCGCAUGCGUGCCUGCCUCGAGCUGCACGGCAUCGCCCAUGCCCGAUCUGCCGCCGAGCGGCACCAGCAGGCGCUUGCGCGGGAGAACGGUCAAGCCCUGUCUCCAGCAUCUCUGCCUCAGGGAUGGAGUGCUCUCGAGACGCUGGCCGAGGCGUCGCGUCAAGUAGACCUCAACGAGAAUAGUCGCGCCGGCAGCCAGAAGGCGUCACAGCCCGCUGUCGCCAACGUCGUCGCGCCCAACGGAACACACAAUGCCGAACGCUUCGAGCUCCAGGAGCAAUACACUCUAGACAACCCACCCGUCAGCUACGAUAACCGCUCGCAGGGCAGUGCGAGGAAAGACGGAAGCCCGGCACAGGGCGAUCGUGCUGUUUCCGCUGCCGCCCACACCCCUCCGCCGACCACCGACCUCUCACCAGAAGAGCGGCUACAGGCCCUUCUUCCUGUCAGCGACUCAUCUCCCGAUCCAUCAAAUAUCUCUGUCGCCGUCGCCGCCGCCGCUCGCCUCAACCCGUCUUUCCUCGAUCCACAGCUGGUACAGCACGAUCAGCCCGCCUUGUCGCCCACCCUGCCCGAUGUUCAUGCGUCGCCAGCGCCAGAGGCAGCGCAUCCUUCAUCUCAGUCUGCGGCUGACGACGCGAACUCGUCGCAGCCCUGGGGCGAAAUGACAUACAUGACCACCGCAUCUGCUGCUCCAGUUGCCACUGACAGUCCGCCGGUACCGGCACCACUCAAUCGCGGCGGAGUUCGCAUGGACACUAGCGGACCACUCUUCAAUGGACGGUCACGACAUUACCGUUCCAAGUUCACCGCUGCAAGGCGCCAAGAGGUCAAAGAAGUCCGCAAACUAGGCGCCUGCAUUCGAUGCCGGAUUCUACGAAAGAUUUGCAGCAAGGGCACGCCGUGUGAUACCUGCCGGAAGGUGCUGGCGCCCAGAGUGUGGAUGACAGGCUGCGUUCGCUCGCGGCUACAUGAGCAAUUGGACCUAUACUCGGCCGGCGUCCAGGUUGUGCUGUCGCAGAACCGAAUCAACCUCCACAAGGACCAGUUACAGCUGACUGACGUUGGCUCCGUUGUCGAAGUCUCGCACUUCCCAGACACUGGAAAAACCAUCAGCCUGGCAACACUAGCGGUGCUUCUCGAGUCGGGAGAGAGUCAAGAAGAAGGCCAACAAACAAGAGAUCAUCAGGUCAUCAUGAUCAACCAGGACAAGGAAGAGGUCCCCCAAAAGGUUGAGGCGUACAUGCGCGACGUCCUCCACCUCUUUAUCGAGCGCGAGCCCUCAAAGUUUAUGCGUGUGACACUCGAGACUGCCAUGCAGCAGCUGGCUGAGAAUGAAGACGAGUUGUUGAGCAAGGCUUUGGAGCUUUGGGGACUUGUUGAAAGCAUCGAUCGCGAACGGCAGUGGACCAUUGUUGAGAAGUUGGCUGGCGACGAAGAGCGCUCUCGGCCCAUCAAGGAAGCGCAGACGGAGAACGGCGUCGACAUCUACACCAUGAUCUGCAUGCAACUCAAUGCCGCAGCCGAGCGCAAGGCCAAUGCCACCUCGCGCAGCCUCCUCAACCUCAUGGACCGGCUUCUCGCCGACAGCAAGACCAAAGCCGGCUUCAAGACGUAUCUCACGGCCAUCAUCUUCCUCAACUGCAUCGAAAAGUCGACUUGGGCGUUCAAAGCCUGGGAGCAGGAUCACUUGCGCCCCGGUUGGCCUCUUGAACGCGAUCCCAGCGUCUUUACUCAACAAGGCGGCAACCUGGCUGCCCUUCUCAAGAUGCUGCUCGGCAUCCGCAAGGCACUUCCGCAAACAACCCGAGGCGAGGACGGGAAGCUGGCCACCACGGAUCCUGAUCCCGCCGUGUCCAGCUACUUCCAAAACCUCGACCUUGAAUACGACACGAUACAAGCUCGCCAGAAGGGCUCCCAAUUCUCCCCAGCAGACUCCCGCUCCUUGGAGCUCAUGUUCUGCUCCCACCUCCUGCUGCCCAACCCGUCGACCUGA